AUGGACUUUCAGUCCGCUCGGAGAGCUGUACUUCAGUUGCUCGGAACUACGGCUCCCGCAGAUGUCCCGGCACUGCUCCACUGGAUGAGGACUACCCCAAAAAAGGACCUGGAGAACUACAUCCUGGAGCUGAUCCCGACGCUGCCACAGCUGGAUGGGCUGGAGAAGUCCUUCUACUCCUUCUAUGUCUGCACUGCAGUCAGGAAGUUCUUCUUCUUCUUGGACCCUCUAAGAACAGGGAAGAUCAAAAUUCAAGAUAUUUUAGCAUGCAGUUUUCUAGAUGAUUUACUGGAGCUAAGAGAUGAGGAAUUGUCCAAAGAAAGUCAAGAAACAAAUUGGUUUUCUGCUCCUUCUGCCCUGAGGGUCUAUGGUCAGUAUUUGAAUCUUGAUAAAGAUCAUAAUGGCAUGCUAAGUAAAGAGGAGCUCUCCCGUUACGGAACAGCAACCAUGACCAGUGUCUUCUUAGACCGAGUUUUCCAGGAGUGUCUCACUUACGAUGGAGAAAUGGACUAUAAGACCUACCUGGACUUUGUUCUUGCCUUAGAAAACAGAAAGGAGCCUGCAGCUCUGCAGUACAUUUUCAAACUGCUGGACAUUGAGAACAAGGGAUACCUGAAUGUCUUUUCCCUUAAUUAUUUCUUUAGGGCCAUACAAGAACUAAUGAAAAUCCAUGGACAGGAUCCUGUGUCGUUUCAAGAUGUCAAGGAUGAAAUCUUUGACAUGGUCAAACCAAAGGAUCCUUUGAAAAUCUCACUUCAGGAUUUAAUCAACAGUAAUCAAGGAGACACAGUCACUACCAUUCUAAUUGAUCUCAAUGGCUUCUGGACCUACGAGAACAGAGAAGCCCUUGUUGCAAAUGACAACGAGAACUCUGCAGAUCUUGAUGACACAUGAUCUCUGCAAAAUAGACUUCUUCAUAAAGAUGCUUGAAUGCUGCAUGCAACACUGUUGAAGCAGAAUCCUUAGAAACGUUCUAAAUAAAACUCAUCACAUGCCUGUACAACACAGCAAAUAUCUUGCUUACUAGAGUGUUGGUUGCAGUCAGAACAAUUUGAAAGUAAUAGGACCAACUAUUGGUUUUUUAUGAAGUGGUAAAGUAAGUCCUAGUUCUGUCUAACUCAGAAAUGGAAAGUAAGAUUUGCUGUAGUUAGCCAUGGAGUUUAUUCAUGUGGAAUUACAAUAUUUGGUCUUCAAGAAGAUUGGGGACAGGAGACUUCCUAUCAGAGUAGCACCAUUGCAUUUCUGAUUCAAAGCUUUAGAUGUGGCUUUGGUUGUUUUGAGACAUGGUCUCACUAUGUAGCCCUGACUGGCCUGGAACUUGCUAUGUGGACCAAGUUGGCCUUUAACCUUGAACUCUUAAGAGAGACACCUGCCUCUGCCUCCCAGGUGCUGAGGUUAAAGGUGAGUGCCUCUGUGCCUAUUGUUUUUGGGGUUUUUGUUGUUGUUUUUGUAUUUCUUGUGUGUGCACACCAGAGCACACAUGGAGGUCAGUAGACAUUGUUGUGAUUCUUGCCUUUCCCCACGUGGGUUCUGGAGAUCAGAUUCAGGUUCUCGGCUUCCCAGCAAGCGCUUGUACCCAGCAUCCUCUUGCCUUCCCAAGAUUUUUUUGUUUUGUUUUUUUGUUUUUUUUUAAAUAUAGUGUUUUCAAAAUAAGUAUUCAAACAAACUAUUUUGUUUUAUUAAACUCAUCAGAUUGAAUGAGA